AGUGGCUGAAACCCGUCACUGCCUACGUGCUGCAAGCUGGCAUCGGCCAAGCAAGGGCUGAGAUUUUCCGCCAGCAGAUCGUGCAGAACGGGGGCCGGGUCUGCAGCCAGCUCUGCUCGGAGGUGACGCACGUCGUGGUGGCCGAAGACAUGGACUGUGAUCGGGCCUUCCGGCUCCUUAAACAACCCAAGCUGCCUCCUGGGUUGCAGCUAGUGAAGGCAUCCUGGCUAAGUGCGUGUAUUAGAGACCAGAAGCUGCUGAGUACCAAGGGCUACAGCCUCCGUAUCCCCCUCAGACAUCUGAUCUAUGGCAGGUACCUGGAGGAGGGAGAGCUGCAGAAACAGCGGCAGCAGAAGCUCCUGGCUGGCAAAGAGGUUCAGCCCCAGGCCGGGCAGGAAGCUGUGAAACCAAAGGCUGAAGCACCCGUGGCAGAUUCCUUGCCUCAAACCCUGGACAUCCUUGGGCAGCAGGAGCCAGCUGAGAAAGUCUCUGGUGAUGAAGACAGCGAAGGAGAAGAUGUUGGUGUCACCCAGGGAGAUCUAGAAGCACUGAUUUCUGGCUGUUACCCUCUAAAAUCAUCAGAGGAGACCAGUGACAGCUCUUCCACAGUGGCCCAGCCUGUCAGCAAGUGGGUUUGUGCUCAUUCUUCCAAGAACAAGAAGGAGAAUCAUAAUCAGUGCAUCACAGAGAAGCUGGAAGUGCUGGCAAAGGCCUAUUCUGUCCAGGGCGACAAGUGGAGAUCUCUAGGCUACUCCAAAGCCAUCAAUGCGCUCAAGAGCUACCACAAACCAGUCACCUCCUACCAGGAGGCCUGUAAAAUUCCUGGGAUUGGGAAGCGGAUGGCAGAGAAGAUUUUGGAGAUCUUGGAGAGUGGACAUCUGCGGAAGCUGGAUCACAUCAGCGAGAACGUGCCUGUGCUGGAGUUGUUCUCCAACAUUUGGGGAGCAGGGGCCAAGACAGCCCAGAUGUGGUACCAGCAGGGUUUCCGGACGCUGGAUGAUAUCCGCACCAAGGCAUCCCUCAGCAGCCAGCAGGCCGUGGGGCUGAAGCACUACGAGGAUUUCCUGGAGCGCAUGUCUCGAGAGGAAGCCGCGGAAAUAGAGCGGACCGUCAGACAAGCAGCCCUGGCGCUGAACCCCGGGCUGGUGUGCGUGGCCUGUGGCUCGUACCGUCGGGGCAAGCCCACGUGUGGAGACGUGGACGUGCUGGUGACGCACCCCGACGGGCAGUCUCACCGCGGCGUCUUCAACAAACUGCUCGACAGCCUCCACAGGAGCGGCUUCCUCACGGAUGACUUGGUGACCCAGGAGGACAACGGUGAUCAGAAGAAGUACUUGGGCGUGUGUCGCCUCCCUGGGCCAGCCCAGCGUCACCGGCGCCUCGACAUCAUCGUGGUGCCUUACGGCGAGUUCGCCUGUGCCCUGCUCUACUUCACUGGCUCGGCUCACUUCAACCGUUCCAUGCGGGCCCUGGCCAACUGGAGCCUGUCGGAGCCCUCCCUGUGCCCGGCCGUGCCGGGGGGCCCGGGCGGCGUUAAGGUGGGCCCUGGCCAUAUCCUGCCUACCCCCACCGAAAGGGAUGUUUUUAUCCAGCUGGGGCUGCCUUACCGGGAGCCCUCCGAGCGGGACUGGUGACACUCCU